CCUCAGCUCGCUCAUCGCCACUCAGCUCACCUCAUCUCGAUCGCCAAAGCUCUCAUGGAGAAGCAGCCGGCCAGCGACGACGUCAACCUGGACCUGCGCCUCAUCCACCACCCGGCGGCGGUGGCGUCACGCGGCGCGGGAAGGCACCGCGACCAGCCUCUGGCGGCCGCCGCCAACGAACCCGACCGCACCUUCUCGUGCACCUACUGCCGGCGCAAGUUCUUCAGCUCGCAGGCGCUGGGCGGCCACCAGAACGCGCACAAGCUGGAGCGCAGCCUCGCCAAGCGCAGCCGCGAGCUCUCCGGCGCUGUCGCAGCCGGCGGCGCGGCCAUCUCCUCCUCCUCCGUGGGCGCGGCGGCCUCCGAGCUCGGCAGCUGGUACCCGGCGGCACACGUCCGGAGCGCGGGGGACCAGCAGGCCGCCGCCGCCGCGGCCGUCGUGAGCUGGAUCGCCGACGGCGGGCGCCGGCACGCGUACCGCGAGCACGCCGCGGCCGCGGCCGGCGACGCCGACGAGAUCGACCUCUCGCUCAAGCUGUAAGCUAGCUAGUCAAAGAAGACGUACGAGACGUCGCGCUCGCGCGUUCAGACAUCGCAUCCAACUCGCAAGCUUGCUUUGAUUUUGAGAAUUGCUUUAGGUUCUUGCAUUGCAGCUUGGUUGCUAGUUAAGUAUCCGAUUAAUCAUCAGUACUACCAGUACAGUAACAUAGGUUGAUAAUUGCAUCAGCUCGUGCCAUGAUCAGAACGAAGCUGGAUCAGAUCUAUUCUGCACGCAUCAUCGAUCGAUUGAUCGAAGAGAGACAUGCACAGUUACUGCUCGUGCAGUGCUAAUUGCAUGAGCUGACUAGCAUAUGCAAGAAAGGCAAGCAAAACACUAGCUAGCAUAAGAACAAUUGCUGUAACGUUGCCUGAUGGAUUGUUUAUAUGCUGGAUUAUUUCCUCCUGUUGCGAGUGAUGCAUA